GUCUAAAGUCUAAACCAAAGCCAAGACAAACGAAAGGAAAAAAGAAGAAAGAUGGGAAGCAAAGCUAUUGUAUCAGUCUUGUUAAUGGCAUCCCUUUGUGGUACCAUUUUUGUUACACAAGGAGUAGCUGAAAUGCAAAAGCCACCGAUGUUUCCAGGACUUUUCCAACCAGGCUCACCCGUUGAUCUUGUAAAAUGUAUGUCGUCUCUCUCCAACGUUGAAGGAUGUGUGCUCGAAAUCUCUAAAUCAAUUUUCUCCGGCAAAUUUGAAAAUAUUGAAGGCGCAUGUUGCAAGGCGUUUUCGGCCUUAGAUGCCAACUGUUGGCCCGAAAUGUUUCCGUUGAAUCCGUUUUUCCCUCCUCUCCUCAAGGAUAUUUGUGCACGUAUUGUCCCAAAAUCUCCUACACAUAACUAAAAGCAAGAAUAAUUGUUGAUCUACAAGUUUAGACUAGUUGCUAGCUUCCAAUUCUAAGCUUUAAAGUUAACUUUUGUUGUUAAAAUGUGGACUCACAUAUACGUUUUCUCAAUAAAGUAAAUUU